UUUUUUUUAAUGUAACAAAAAAGUUAUGCGAGUGAUCACUACUAUAAUGAGACUAACUGUUUACUCAGUGCUAUUUCUAUUAAUCGAUAGCUUAUUUUCAAAAUAAUUGAUAAAUAUCAACUACUUCGGCUGUUUUGUUUUGUUUUCCACCCUCCUGUGUACUAUAAAGUUAUUCCAGCUCACUUGAGUGACAUUUUCAAAUAUAUAUCUAGUGAAAAAUAUCGCAUAUUUCCAUUCAUUUAACUAACCUAGAUAACCUUCGAAAUGAGAAGUUGAAUAAUUGUAAACAAAAAAGAUAGCUCUGAUUGAGUCAGUGAAAUGCAUACAUGAAUGGACUAACAUGGCAUCUUGUCGAGCAUCUUAAAUCCAUGGAAAUUGAUAAAUAAACUGACUUAUUAAAAUCUUGACUUGUGAUAAUUAUUCAGUAAUAAUGGUUUUUCAUUCUCAAAGGUGUGCUGCAAUAGCAAGUAAUAAAAAUGUCGACAAUACUUCUCUCGUAAAUACAUGCACAGUGAUGAAAACCCAAGUAAAAUAAGAAGCCUUAACUCAUGUGCUUUAAACUGAUAAUAUUUUAAAAUUGUACUUGCUAUUCGGCAUGUUGUCAACGAAAAUUUUUACGUAGAUAGAGAGAUAUUCAUAGGUUCAAGUUUUGAUUUUAACGACCACGAUUGAUGAUGAUGUUCUACAUCAAACCAUAGAUGAAGUCCGCUUUAAAAUACGAAAGAUACAAUUUGUUUUCAGUUUUUGAUUAAAAAAAUUUUUUUCAAGUUUAAAUUAUAAAUUGUGUACUCGAUUUGAGCUUUGUUCUAAGGAUAACAUAUAGUUUAUCAUUCAAUAAUUAGACUUGUAGUGCUUAAAUGCUGUGCUUCUACAAGUAAUUAACUGUUUUUGUGGAAGGUAUAGUGUUCAAUUUAUUUCGAAUCGUGUACGUCCUUUUCAUUUUAUUUUGUUACGGAAGGAAGAUACACAAGGAAAUACUCAAACCCAAAAAGAAAAUCUAAUAGACAAAUCUCUUUUCUAUAUUUCCUAGGCAUACACAUCAUCUCUAUAUUUCCUAUCGGAUGUACAUAAGAAACAAACUUGCAAAAUCUGCACGAAGUGCUCUAACCACUUAUAUAAAUUUUCGAAAAAGGAAUCAUAGAAGAAGACACUUUAGAAAUUAAAAAGCAUAUUUGUAUAUUAGCGUGAUUGAAAAAGAACUUUGCUGAACGCUUUUAUUGCAUAACAAAAAAGAAAGGCGAAAACAGUACAUGACAUUUGAUAAAUUGUAAUACCUAUAUAAUAAGUGAUAAAAGAUAAGCAGCAUUUAAUAUUAUAAAUUAUAGACUAAUAAUACUAAAUAAAUGAAAACUAUUUCCAAAACAGUUUGCAAAAGAUUUUAAAAAAAUUUUAAAACAUAUACAAUUUAUUUUGUGCAAGUUUAUCUUCACACAAGAAUAUAAAUAAUAGCAAAUAAAAUACAUUUUAUACAGAAACGUUCUAUGGAUAAAUGCAUUUGAACAUUAGAUAUGAAGUCACGAUCCAUAUAGACUUUCUGUUUCAUUCGACAGUGAUUGUGGUCACAUGUGGCUUAAUGGUACGUAUACUUGAUUCUAAAUCGCUAGUUCACUUGUUCUAAUCUCAUUUCUAUCAUUUUAGAUAAAUCAACAUUUCAACAUUCCGUUGGCCUAUAAUGAGGCAAAGACCAUCGUUAGAGGGUAUCGAUGGCGACUCAGAUUAAACCUGAGACGGAUUGUAAUAUUUUUUUAAAAUUUUAAAUACUGAAUCUAACGCGUCUAGACGCGAUUCAAUUUAUAAUCGCGUCUAACCGCAACUUAGUUUGGAACCGCGUCCCCAGUGAAACAUUUCCUGCGUCUGAACGCGAUUGGAGAAAAUUGCGUCUAGACGCGAUUCAGUUUAGAACCGCGUCUCCAGUGAAACAUUUCUUGCGUCUAGACGCGACUUUUUCCAACCGCGUUUAGACGCGAUUUUCUUCAACCGCGUCUAGACGCAGCAAAUGUUUCACUGGAGACGCGUUUUUGUGCGUUUCUCUGCUGCAUUUUACACGCAACAAAACGCAACUCAGACGCGUUUUUAUCGAAAAAAAAUUUACAUGGGAUAAGAAACACUAGGUAUUUGACAGUAUUUUUUAAUUAUUGAAAAGAAGUGUAUUUUUAGCUCUUCAACAGAUUCAUCUAUAGCACACAUUAUUAGCUAUACUUCUCAUCAACCGUUGGUUACAAAUCAUCGAGUACAACAAAUUCUAGCCUAUCAACGUAGCAUACACGGGUUAUUUUCUGGUUUUGGUUCAAGUAUUCAUCAACAUACUAUAUCAUCGUCUAUAUCUACCAGUACUGUUCGUUCAAACUUUUCAGAUCCUCUUGAUAAAAAUAUUGAUACGACUCAACAACACAUAAUCCCAUUUGAUUCAGAAGAUUUAGAUGACAAUGAUGGCGAUUGGCAAUCAAUAGCUUCUGAUACGGAAGAAAAUGAUGAUGAACCAUCUGACAACAACAACGAGAUGCAAUCUGAUAGAAAUUUUCACAGUCAUAAAAGAAGUGGAUCCUCCUCGUCAUCAAGAACAUCCACUAGUUCCGGUACAAGUUAUGAAGAUGAAGAAGAAGACAUCAAUUCGAAUAAUACUCGUAUGCAUACCAGUUUAGAAAUUGUUGUACUUCUCUCAUUAUUUCGACAUCGUCAUUCAUUAUCAAAAUCUUGUCUCACCGAUAUGUGUCGUUUAUUACGUCUACUUGGCGUGCCAAAUGUCCCUGUUGAUUAUAGAUCGAUCUAUAAAUUAAUUAAUCCAUGUGGUAAUUCAAUGUUUCAACCGAAAUUUACCGUUGUUUGUCCUACAUGCCAUAGAGUUAGUAUGAAUAUGAAAAAAUGUCCGAUAACACAUUGUACCAGUCAUGCCGGCUACAUUCGAGCACCGACUGUGAAUUAUACAUUUAAACUUCGUAAACAAAUUAAAUCUAUUUUAGAACGUGUACCUUUGACACGUAUUGAAACAAAUGAUGGCCAUAUGACUGAUGUCAUUGAUGGACUUGCGCACGCGCAUAUUCACAC